AUGGCUACCAGUGAUUCAAACCCAACGGCGGCGGGUGAUCUACGGAAGUUCCUUGAGGAGCUUCAAGAUGAGAACGACCUACUUGUGAUUAGUCAGGAGAUUGAUCCUGAGAUGGAGCUGGCAGCAAUCACACGGAGAGUCUACGAAACUGAAGAGAAAGCCGUUCUCUUUGAGAACAUCACGGGUCGUCAAGGGAAUGGUCUGUUCCGAGUGCUCGGAGCCCCGGUUGGACUUAGUCGCGUUCCUGGCCAAAGACUUGGCCGCGUUGCAAAAUCUCUGGGUCUGCCAUCCAAUGCAUCGGGAAAAGAAAUCAUUGAUAAGAUCAACUCAGCUAAGAGCCUGCAGCCCUUGGUGCCAAAGGAAGUGUCAACUGGGCCUGUGAAGGAGUGUAAGCUGUUCGGAGACGACAUCGAUUUGAAGUCGCUGCCAACUCCUCUCUUACAUCAACAUGACGGAGGAAAGUUUCUUGAAACCUUUGGUAUGCAUAUUGUACAGACGCCCGAUGGAAGUUGGACAAACUGGUCGAUCACCCGAGGCAUGGUUCACGAUAAGCGCAGACUUGUCGGUCCCAUUAUCCCCAAGCAAGAUAUUGGGGUUAUCUACCAGAUGUGGAAAGACAAGGGCCAGGACAUGCCCUGGGCAUUGUGCUUCGGUGUGCCCCCAGCCGCAAUUAUGGUUGGCGGUAUGCCAAUCCCAAAAUGGACCGACGAAGCCGGAUUUAUUGGUGCACUGGUCGGAAGCCCUCUCGAAGUAGUGAAGUGCGAAACCAACGAUCUUCGAGUCCCGGCAAAUGCCGAAUUUGUGUUUGAGGGAACUGUUUCAAUCACCGAGACUGCUCCUGAAGGCCCUAUGAUGGAGUACCAUGGGCACGUAUGGCCGAACCAGUCUAAACCAUGCCCACUUUUCAAGGUUAAUGCCAUCACUUAUCGGAAGGACCCUAUUUUACCGAUCUGCAUUACCGGAAGGGCCACCGAAGAAAGCCACACCGUGUGGGCUCUGACAAUUGCUGCUGAGGUCUUGAAUAUCUGCCAAAGCGCUGGCCUCCCUAUCAAGAAUGCCUGGUGUCCAUUUGAGUCUCAUGCUAUCUGGUAUGUGCUGCAAGUGGAUCGAAAAAAUCUCGUGGGCAUGAAGACAUCUAUGCCUGAAUUCUGCACUAAGCUAGGCCAUGUCGUGUUCGGCUCAAAGCCAGGUUGGUACAUGGGCAAAGUUUUCUUGGUUGGUGAAGAUGUCGAUCCCUCGGACCUUCGUGACGUUAUCUGGGCCGAAUCAACACGCUGCGAGCCUGGAACAAGCGAAUUUCUGUUUGACGAAUACGGAACUAUUCCACUGAUACCUUAUGUGGGCCAUGGCACUAAGCCAGUGGGGAACCACAAGAAGGUUGUCAAGUGCUGUAUGCUGCCUUCUGAGUUCGAAGACGAGGAGCUUUCUUGGAAAGUGGGCUCUUUCCGGGGUUCUUAUCCUCCUGAUGUUCAGGCGAAGGUCGAGCGAGACUGGUUGAAGUAUGGGUUCGACCGUCUGUGA